AUGGACGCGCAGUUCGAGCUCUUCCGCGCGCAGCUCGACGAGUCUUCCACCCUCCGUGACCGCAUCCGUGCCGUCGUCUCCGAGAUCGAGUCCGCCUCCCGCGUCGCCACCGCCGCGCUCCUCCUCGUCCACCAGCCCGUCCCCCUCGCAGAUGUGCUCGUGAAGGCCAAGGCGCAGGUGGAGGUGAUCAAGGGGCUGUACGCGCAGCUGGCAGAGGUCCUCAAGGAGUGCCCUGGUCAGUACUACAGGUUCCAUGGUGAUUGGAGGACCGAGACACAUAUGGUAGUGUCGAUGCUUGCGUUCACGCACUGGCUGGAGACUGGCGGCCUACUCAUGCACGCUGAAGCCCAGGAGAAGCUAGGAUUGUGCUCUGGGGAGUUUGGCCUUAAUGUUGAGGACUACCUGACAGGACUGUGCUUCAUGUCCAAUGAAUUUCCUAGAUUUGUAGUAAAUCGCGUCACUGCUGGCGACUACGACUGUCCUAAAAGGGUUUUGGGCUUCUUGACCGAUCUUCAUGCUUCCUUUAGGAUGCUGAACCUGCGCAAUGACUUCUUGCGUAAGAAAUUUGAUGGGAUGAAGUAUGAUUUGAGGAGGGUGGAAGAGGUCUAUUAUGAUGUGAAGAUCCGAGGACUUGUACCUGCGGAGUUGAAACAAGAGACUCAAUCGUAG